AUAAAUGUAUGUAUUUAUUAAAAGAAUUUACCAAGUUCUGGAUUGUUUAAAAAAAAACUUUCUUUCUAACAUACAGAGAAAAAUGUUUAGCGUAACUUUUAUCAGGAAAUAAACAAUAAUCACUUAUCAAUGGAUGAAUACAAGUGUCUCAAGAAAUCAUAAACUCAUAACCUCUACAAACGGCGAUCGACGCCACUUAUUAUUUUUAGAUUGAACGUGUAAAUAUGUUUAUAUGCAACAAUCGUUAUUGCUCGAAUUAAAUACUAUAUAUCCAAUAGUAGUUUUUAAUAAAGUAAAAUGCUUUCUUAAAGCGUUACCAAACUUUAAGUUUUGGUUAUGUUUGAUUCGUCACGAUUGUUUGUUAUGGAGAUUAGCCUGUGUUUUUCUUGUACAAACUGCCCAUGUACCAGAUGAAUAUUGGCAGUCAUUAGAAGUUGCUCAUCAUUUAGCAUUUGGAUAUGGAUAUCUGACAUGGGAAUGGUAUAUGAAAAUUCGCAAUUAUAUUUAUCCAUUUCUGAUAUCUAUCUUGUAUAGAAUGCUGGCAUUGGUGUCUUUAGAUCAUGUAACACUUUUAAUAACAUUACCUAGAAUAUUUCAGGCAUUUAUGACUGCUUAUGGAGAAUAUAAGUUUUAUGAGUGGACUAAAAACAAAUGGACUUUAUAUAGUUUAUGUAUAAAUUGGUACUGGUACUAUUGUGCUUCGCGUACACUAAUAAAUACUGUAGAAACAUUGUGUACUAUGAUAGCUAUAUCUAUGUUUCCAUGGCGUGAUAGUAAUGUUAAAUCUAUAAGAUACUUAUGGAUUGUAGGGUUUUUAUGUAUGAUGAGACCUACUGCUGUUAUUAUAUGGUUACCCUUAUGCAUUUAUCAUUUAUGUACAAGUUUGCAAAAUAAGUUUGUAUUAAUGUGUCAGUAUAGUAUAAUAGGCAGUGCUUGUUGCGUUAGUUCAGUAUUAAUGGACACUUAUUGCUAUGGUACAUUUGUUAUUUCACCUUGGGAGUUUUUCCGUGUAAAUGUUUUACACAAGAUUGGAGAUUCAUAUGGGACACAACAUUUAUUGUGGUAUAUUAUAAGUGGAUUACCAGUACUUUUAGGUUUACAUUAUGUUAUUUUUUUAUUAUGUAUGUGGCAAGUAAUGAAGCAUCCUAGUUCAUUUCAUCGUCAAUCAAUUAUGUUAGUUGUAAUAAGUUGGACAAUUGGCAUUUAUUCUUUAUUAUCUCAUAAGGAAUUUCGAUUUUUGUUACCACUUUUACCAAUGUUCAUAUACAUUUGUACUUCUUGCGCAUCUCCUCUAACAAUGAAAUCUGCAAAAAUAGUUAAACGAGCGUUUAUAGUGCUAUUAAUAAUCACCAAUGUUCUACCUGGAUUUUAUUUUUGUAUGAUACAUCAACGCGGAUCGCUAGAUGUGAUGAAUAUUCUUCACAAUGAACUUAGUGAUAUUAAUGAUACAACUAACAUACUAUUUCUUACUCCUUGCCAUGCCACUCCUUUGUAUAGUCAUUUACAUGUAAAUAUACCUAUCAAAAUAUUGACUUGUGAACCUAAUUUUAAUAGUAGUAUAAACUAUACAGAGGAAGCAGAUGCAUUUUUUUUAAAUCCAAUGCAGUGGCUAAAUAAUUACUAUAGUAAUGAAAACAACACAAUACCCAGCCAUGUGAUAUUAUUUGAUAAUGUUAUACCAAAAAUCAAACAAUUUUUAGAACAUUAUCAACUUAUAUCGCAAACAUUUUAUACGCAUUUACCGCAAUCAAAUUAUGGAAAAUAUAUUCAUGUAUAUAAACAUAAAUAAAAGAUAUUGAAUUAAA